CUCAGGAGAAGUUAUCUGCGCUCAGACAUCACGGGAAUAACUGGGACUCUCCAUGUCUUUUCACUGGGAACCUACGAGCUGCGUUUGGCCAUGAGGACGUGUCGUUAUCCAAAGUGAGGAGUGGAAAACAUCUCCAGUCAUUUUAACAACCUCUUGGAUUUGUUUUUGGGUUUUUUUUGGUUUGGUUUUCCACAUUUAAAGGAGCUCGUUUUUGCCCGUGGCGAGAGCUUGUAAAGGUUCUGACUGAUGUAUGCGAUGUGGAGGCUGCAGCUCGCCUUCUGCACUCUGUCUGCUGUGUCUCUGUCUUACGCUGCUGCUGAAGGCAAAGCGCGGAGCUGUGGCGAGGUUAGACAAGCUUACAGCGCGAAAGGAUUCAGCCUCGCCAAUGUACCUCAUCAGGAAAUAUCAGGAGAGCACCUGCGAGUCUGUCCUCAGGGAUACACCUGCUGCACCUCAGACAUGGAGGACACGCUGCACCUGCAGAGUAAGGUGGAGUUUGAGAGUCUGGUGGAGCAGACGAGUUUGGACAUGAGGACGACGUUUGUGUCCAGACACAAGAAGUUUGACGAGUUUUUCCUGGAGCUGCUGGACACCUCGGAGAAGUCCUUAAACGGCAUGUUCACGCAAACCUACGGGAAACUGUACAUUCAGAACUCGGAGAUCUUCCAGGACCUUUUCACGGAGCUAAAGCGCUACUACACCGGCGGAAACGUCAACCUGGAGGAGAUGCUCAAUGACUUCUGGUCCAAACUCCUAGAGCGAAUGUUUCAGCUGCUCAACUCGCAGUACCACUUUACAGACGACUACCUGGAGUGUGUGAGCAAAUACACAGACCAGCUCAAACCCUUUGGAGAUACGCCGCGGAAACUCAAAGCCCAGGUGACCAGGGCCUUCAUCGCCGCUCGCACCUUUGUCCAGGGCCUCAUGGUCGGGAGAGAAGUGGCCAACCGCGUGGCAAAGGUAAACGUGGCGCCGGCUUGCGUGAAGGCGUUGACAAAGAUGUUGUAUUGUCCGUACUGCCGGGGCCUGCCUGGACUCAAGCCCUGCCACAACUACUGUCAGAACGUGAUGAGGGGCUGCCUCGCCAACCAGGCCGACCUCGACGCAGAGUGGAAUCUCUUCAUAGAUGCGAUGCUGAUGGUGGCCAACAGGCUCCAGGGGCCGUUCAACAUCGAGGCGGUGGUCCAGCCGAUCGACGUCAAGAUCUCCGAGGCCAUCAUGACCAUGCAGGACAACAGCAUGCACGUGUCCGCAAAGGUGUUUCAGGGCUGUGGUUCGCCAAAGCCUUCGGGAGUCGGCCGCUCAGCUCGGGGGAUCUCAGACGUGUUCAGUGGACGAUUCAAACACUUCAGCCACGAAGAACGACCCACCACCACAUCUGGAACAAGCCUGGACAGACUGGUGAUCGACAUUAAGGGGAAGCUGCUGGAGUCCAAGCGUUUCUGGUCCAAACUGCCCGACGACAUCUGCGCCCGGGGACAGUUCAGCGAGCAGGACGACGAGCAGUGUUGGAACAGCCACGCCAAGGCCAGAUAUUUCCCUGAAGUGGUGAAGGAGGGACUGACGAAUCAGAUCAACAACCCCGAGGUGGAGAUCGACAUCACGAGGCCCGACACGCUCAUCCGCCAACAGAUCAUGGCCCUGCGCGUCAUGACCAACAAACUCAAGAACGCCUACAACGGCAACGACAUCUACUUCCAGGACUCGAGUGACGAGGGCAGCGCGUCGGGCAGCGGCAGCGGCUGCACCGAGGGCUGCACCACAGAGUACAGCUACGUCGGGACAGAAGAGGCUCCCGUGAUCGGGGCCGACCGCAGCGACGAGCGGGCCGCGGCCGCCGGACACGCCCCCUCCCACAGACCCUCGCCCCGCCUCCUCCUGGUCUCGCUGGCCGUCCCCCUGUGGGCCGUGCGGAGACAGUGCAGAUAAUACUCCGAACGCGGCUGUGACUGGUUAUAUGCGCAGUGUGGACAGCAGGAGGCGCUGCUCACUGGAAAAGGUUUACCAUGUGGUGUGCUCAAAGUGCUGCAUCCACCCCCCAAAGACGCCCAGUGCCAUCGCCGACGACUAUCUUCACCGGACGGGACAAAAUGUGCUGUUUUCGUUACAUUCUGGUGGGUUUUGUCCUGAAGUGGUGACGUCCAGACUAAAGGAGAUCUAUAUUUUUGUUUUAUGGAAGACGCAGACGACGACACAACGUUUUUACCAUUAGUGAACUCCCCUCGAACAAGCUGAAAGUCUUAUGUGUGCAUGUACGGCAACGAUGUAACCCAACUUUGUUUUAGGCUUCAAACGCGGCGGCGGUAGAGGAGGGACGAGCUCGCGGUUCUCCUGGUUUCCUGUCCUGGCGUCUAGUUGCACAUAUACACUUAUCUCUGAGGAAGUUCUGCACAAAGAGGAUGUUUUUUUGCACAGAUCGCUUUAGUUUACGGCUUCAUACGUUGAACAGGUUAUAGAGUUCACCCAGUCCGUAUAUAAAAACUAUAUUUUCAUUUAACUGAUUGUAUUGGGACUGUACCUGUACUGCAAUCUUAUCGAGUUUUAUAUCGUGCUUUUUCAUUUUAGUUCAUCUCAACAUAGCACUACAUUAACUGCGUAUACUGCUGCCGCGCCGAUGGUAAAUAUGGUUAUCCGUUAUAUCCAGGUAAUGCAAAAACGCAGUGGUUCUCAAGCGGUGGGAUUAGUUUGGUCGUGCUCUGGGGCGGCUUUUGCGGUUCUGCUUUUGGUUUUCGCUCAAAUUAAAGUGAAUUCAGAUGUUAUUCCUCAUUAAAAAGCUGAUUUUAUUGCGAUUUUACACCUGAUUUGGACCUAAUUUAGAGUUUUUAGUCCUGGUUUCGACCCGUAAACUGUGUGUAUAUAUAAUUGGACGUACAGAAACGAACCUGCUCGUCGCCACGUUUCAAACAGGAAGUGCUCACAUCACGGCUCCAGCUGACGCCGCGCUCACUCGGUCCACUUCUUUACACAGUUUAUGUUUAAAUCGACACGUUAUAGCGCAGAAUUGACCGAAAAACUUUGCGCUGAUGCUGUUUUUUUUUUCCAUAGCUCUGAUCCAAAUCCUGAUCCUGAAUCCCCUUUCUACACGACUUCCUUCUUUUAAUCACAAGCGCACUUCCCGUGUUGGGUCAGCGCUCGCAGUCUGGAGCGGUGCAGUGGAAUUAGCAUGUGCGUGUUUGUUUAUUCCCCUCACACGCCGCAGCCCGUGGGGUAAAGCGCAGGCGGACGUGUUCUCUCUGAGACGUGCACCGACUCAGCAUCUUUGAAACCGAUUCCCGUGUCAAGGUUAGCGGCGCUCCUAGAACCGAGGUUACUGUUCAUCUUGUUCUUCCGGCUCUCGCCUCCCGUUUGACCUCUGCGCUGUUUUACGACGGAGAAACAGCUUCAUCCGCCAUGUUGAUUUGGAGAAAAAACAGUUACAUGUGAUGCUUUUCUCACAUGUUUAAACACACAAAACCUGCAGAUUUAGGCUGAGUUCUUCUCUCAAACUGAAAACACUCUGUUCCACCUUGUGAUGUCAUCAUGUGGUGAUACAGGAAGUGCUCCACUGUGUUUUUAAACUCCACACACCUUCAUUUAUAGAAUUAUCUGGAUCAUUUCAGUCCUGGAAAAACUGACAAUCUACAACUGAACUAA